CGUGGCACUCCCUUCUCCGGGUAUAUAAACUAGUCUAAAACCGAUUUUAAGCCGUCAGUUGUUCAACUUAUCAACUUCAACUAUCAUCAUGAAGCUAUUUAUCAUCGCCGCUGUCUUGGCCGUUGCUGCCGCUGCUACAUCCAGCUACAAGCCGGAGUACAAGCCACCCACCUACUCGGCACCGGCCUAUUCCAAACCAGCCUACUCUGCCCCAACCUACUCUGCCCCAACCUACUCUGCCCCAGCUUACCCCGCACCUGCCUACUCUGCCCCAGCAUACAAGGAUAACAAAUACGCCGACAUCACCAUCACCAGCCAAUCUGAUGAGCGCAACCUCGAUGGCAGCAGCCAAUGGAGCUACGCCCAGUCUGACUACACCACCCGCGAGGAAUCUCAGGUCCAGAAGAAGAUGCAAGGAGUCAAGUACGACUCUUACGGCAAAGCCACCUACGAGGAUGUUAUGGGCAACACCAACAAGGGAUCUUCUUACUGGGUUUCCCCCGAAGGCGAGCGCCUCACUUUGACCUGGGUUGCUGAUGAUGCCGGAUUCCAGCCCAAGGGUGACCACUUGCCCGUUGCCCCCGUCCAUGUCUACGAGCUCCCAGUUGCCCCCGUUCACGAAUACGAACUCCCAGUUGCCCCAGUACACAUCCCCUUCAACGGCAAGGGCUACAAGAUCUUCUAAGUGAUUCAAUUGUAAGGCUUGAAUGAAAUGUUUAAAUUAUUUUGCUAUUUCCAAUUUAACGGAUUUUGAACUGAAUGAAUGUGGACAUGUGGUACUAUGUGUAAAUACAAACAGCAGAUAUGAA